UCCACAAAAGAGGCAACGACUCCUCUCCAAGACCCACCAGUGUCCGGGCGGGUAAACUGGGGGAGGAGCCACAAAGGACAAGAUGGCGUCCCUGGGUGGGCGUGGCCUAAGUUAGGACCGCCCCCUGAAAAGGAAGUUGGGCCCAAGAGGUGGCCCAACUUGCCUAUAAGAGCAGAAAGUGUGAAUCAACUGCUCUGUGUGCUAAAAGAGAGCCACCAGCACACGUCCCUCACGACACCACUCGGGGAGUGGUAGAGGGAAAGGACCCUGAGGCAAGAGCUGCUGUAAUGAGCACAGCAGGCUCAGGGUAAGUAGCCACAACUGUCGAGAUCCCAUCCCUGACCUGUAACGCGAACAGAAGGCCUUGGGGAUCGACAACUCCAAUCAAGACAAAGAAAGGCAUAAUGGCCGAUGCAGCCAUGCCUAGAGAUGACGAGAGAGCGGGGACCUCACAAGACAUGGCCCCCAACCCAGAACCAAAACAACUCCCGCCAUGCAUAAUUAUGUUUUAUGGCAGAGGGACCACAGACUGGCACCCUGAUGCUAAGGC